AUGGAUUCCACAGAAGGAGGUAUAGUGGUGACAAAUGAGGCUGAGUCGUCCUUAUUGUCAGAGGUGAAAGAGAAGCAAGAACAAGAUCCCAUUUUGCAUGAUUUGAAGGCAAGUGUUCAUAAGCAAAGAGUAUUGGCUUUUGAACAAGGGGUAGAUGGUGUGUUGAACACGACGUCAAGGUCACUACGGAAUGAAGAGGCUGUCCAAGACAAGGAGCCAGAAGUUCGGAAAGAACCUUCCAAGAAACGUGACAAGAGAAAGGUAAGAGAACCUUCUUGUAACCCUUCUCUUGGUGGUAGACCUGCUGUUGAAGAGGAGGAAGGUGCUGACAACAGCCAACUCGACGAGAGAAUCGUCGGAGUUGAGGUGGGGUUGUCGGCCUUGAACAGGAGGAUUGUUGUGGUUGAAAAUAAUUUCAGUUCCCUCGAGUCCAUUGAAGGGCUGGACGAGGUGAAGAACAACCUUGUUGAGCUUGAGGAUGUUCAAAAUGAGGGUCUGUCCACCCUCGAACUCAAGCUCAACGAGGCCAUCUCUUCCUUGCAAAGAGAGGUGGAGGCGCUGAGACGGCAGGUUGAUGAGGCUGCCGAGGUGGGGGUUCCUACUCCCGUUACUGUCUGUGAGACCCGGAUUGAGGCUCCCAAACCCAAGGACUUUCGUGGGGAAAGGAGUGCUCAAGACGUGGAGAACUUCUUAUGGCAGAUGGAUGCCUAUUUUGAACAUGUAGACAUGCACAAUGAAGCUGCCAAGAUCAGAACAGCAACAAUGUAUUUGACGGACAAAGCCAUGCUGUGGUGGCGACGGAAGAAGGCAGACAUGGAGAGGGGAGUUUGCCAGAUUGACGAUUGGGAGCAGUUCAAAGUUGAGCUCAAACGUCAGUUCUACCCUCAAAAUGUCGUUCACGAAGCUCGUCGGAGGUUGAGGGAGUUGAAGCAGACCUCCUCCAUUCGGGACUAUGUUAAGGAAUUCACGAAGUUAACACUUCAAAUUCCAAGCCUGACGAGUGAGGACUUACUGUUUUACUUUCUAGAGGGCCUUCAAAAUUGGGCCAAGCAAGAGCUUCAAAGACGUCAGGUCAGCGACGUGGAUGAGGCGAUAGUAGUGGCGGAAUCGCUCAACGAUCUCCGUACUGAUGCGGCAAAGGGGAGGGAUAACCGGAGCAAAACUAUUCCUCCCAAGGUUGACAACAACAACAGGGGCAGAAGCAGACCAAAUCCCAACAGAGGCAGCGACACGAGAAGCAACACUCGUGAUCAACCUUCCAAUUUCCGAAAGAAUUAUGAGGACCGCAAGAGGGGUGCUCCUCAUCGGGAAGGUUGCUACAUUUGUGGGGAAACAACGCAUGCAGCUCGUUAUUGCCCGUCAUUGAGAAAGCUGAGCGCUAUGGUGGCUGCCAAAAAGCAGCAAGAGAAGGCUGCAACGCAAACCAGAAGUUCUGCCGGGGAGCAACGUGGGCAGAGUAGCGGGUCAGACAAAGGCAAAAACGUGGCUGUUGGCAUGUUCAAUCACAUGGCGUUGAUCAACCAUAUUUCUACUGCUGCUUUGGCUGCCAAACCGGCUAGUGUCAAGCCGAGGGAAUCCCUGUUCGUUGAUACCAAGUUAAAUGGAAAAAAUGUGCGGAUCAUGGUGGACAACGGGGUAACACACAAUUUUGUGACUGAGCAGAAGGCCAAGGAGCUUGGCCUAAGUUAUGUUGCCAGCAAUACCAAACUGAAGACAGUCAAUGCCACUCCAACUACUGUCCAUGGCAUUUCUCCUAAAGUCCCCAUUGAUUUAGGAGAGUGGACAGGGCAGACUGACUUCACCAUUGCCCCCAUGUAUGUGUUUGAUGUAAUCUUGGGGCUUGACUUUUGGUAUGAAGUCAACGCAUUUAUCUCCCCGCGUCACAAUCAGCUGCACAUCAGUGACACCGGAGGUUCUUGCGUGGUACCCCUUAUUCGGGUACCACAAAAUGGGAUGCAGCUAUCAGCAAUGCAGCUUAUUAAGGGGUUCAAGAGAGGCGAACCAAUCUUUCUUGCUACCCUUGUUGGAGGUGCGGAAAGCUGUACAGAGGCAGUUCAAUUGCCGCAUUGCAUCGAGAAGGUCCUUAACAGCAACAAGGACGUGACGCCAGAAGAGCUUCCCCAACGGUUGCCACCCCGAAGGGAAGUUGAUCACCAAAUUGAGUUGGUUCCCGGGGCGAAGCCGCCUGCCAUGACGCCUUAUCGCAUGGCGCCCCCGGAACUUGAAGAAUUGAGGAAGCAGCUCAAGGAGUUGCUGGAUGCUGGACACAUCAGGCCGUCCAAGGCGCCGUUUGGUGCGCCUGUUUUAUUCCAAAAGAAGAAGGACGGGACGCUGCGGUUAUGCAUUGACUACCGGACCCUCAAUAAGGUCACGGUGAAGAACAAGUACCCCGUUCCUUUGAUUGCGGAUUUUGAUAGAUUGGGACAGGCAAAGGUGUUUACCAAGAUGGACUUGAGAAAGGGUUAUCACCAAGUUCGGAUUGCCGAAGGUGAUGAACCAAAGACUGCUUGUGUAACGCGCUAUGGUGCAUUCGAUUGGCUGGUAAUGCCAUUUGGGUUGACAAACGCACCGGCGACAUUCUGCACACUGAUGAACAAACUGUUCCACUCCUACUUGGAUCAGUUUGUUGUUAUUUAUUUGGAUGAUAUUGUUGUCUACAGCAACAACAUGGAAGACCAUGUAGAGCACUUGUGCAAAGUGUUCAAAGUCUUGCGCGACAACGAACUUUACGUGAAGCGAGAGAAAUGCAGCUUCGCCCAACCGACUGUCCAAUUCCUUGGGCAUUCAAUCAGCCACGGUGAGAUCAGAAUGGACAGCAACAAGGUGGAUGCUAUAAAAAAUUGGGAGGCUCCAACGAAGGUACCAGAAUUGAGGUCCUUCCUUGGCCUUGCCAAUUACUAUCGUCGCUUCAUUUUCAACUACUCAGCAAUUGCAGCUCCUCUCACGGAUUUGCUGAAGAAGGAUCGUGAUUGGAAUUGGUCGGAGGCUUGCCAAGCUGCCUUCGAGAGGCUGAAGGCUGCUGUGACGGAAGAGCGUUUGGCCUUGCCAGACUUCUCUAAGGCAUUCGAAGUCCACACUGAUGCAUCGGACUUCGCUAUCGGUGGCGUCCUAAUGCAAGAGGGCCACCCAAUAGCAUAUGAGAGCAGAAAAUUGAAUGAAGCGGAGCGGCGGUAUUCGGCGCAUGAGAAGGAGAUGACAGCCGUGGUUCACUACCUUAGAACGUGGCGCCAUUACUUGCUGGGUGCUCCCUUUGUUGUCAAGACGGACAAUGUCGCAACAACGUACUUCCAGUCCCAAAAGAAGCUGUCCGCUAAGCAAGCCCGUUGGCAGGACUUCCUAGUAGAAUUCAACUUCACUUUGGAAUACAAGCCGGGGAAAGCGAAUGUGGUUGCCGACGCACUUAGCCGCAAGGCUUCUUUGGCUGCUGUUGUGAGCUCGAGUUGCAGCUCAAUUGUUGGAGAAAUAAGGGAAGGUUUGCAGCAUGAUCCAGUGGCUAAACAACUCUUUGCCUUGGCCCAACAAGGGAAAACGAAGAAAUUCUGGGUCGAUGAUGGUCUGCUCUAUACUACGGCCAGACGGGUGUACGUCCCGAAGUGGGCCAACCUUCGGCGUACCUUGAUCAAGGAGGGCCAUGACUCUGCUUGGGCGGGUAACCCGGGGCAGAAGAGAACCUUGGCACUGAUAGAGGCUUCUUACUAUUGGCCUCGAAUGCGGGACGACGUCGAGGCAUAUGUGCGAACUUGUCUCAUUUGCCAACAAGACAAAGUUGAAACAAAUGUGCCGGGCGAAUUGCUGUAG